AUGACGGAAAUUCGACAGAUCGGGAUAUCUCUCUGGCUCAUCAUCUCCUUGACUCAGGUACUAUUGGUGACGUGCCAGGACGCUAAGAAUGUGACUGCUGACAGCUGUAAAGAGAAUGAUCAGGUCUACGCUAAUAAUGAGAUCUGGAAGCCGGACCCCUGUCGGCUGUGCGUGUGCGAUAAGGGCGUUACCAUCUGUGAGGAGAUUCGAUGCGAGGAUAUAAGGAACUGUGAGAAGCCGAUGAUCCCAGAGGGCGAGUGCUGCCCAGUGUGCCAGACCUUCGCCGGCGCCAGGAGCAGGAUAGAGUACUUUGCUUUUAAGGGCCAAAAAGGUGAACCAGGCGAUAUUCCCUAUAUUGUGGGACCACCUGGUCGCCCUGGACCAAUGGGACCCCCGGGAGCCGAAGGAUCCCGAGGAUACCCCGGGGCAAAAGGACGGCGGGGUGUGCCUGGUCCAUCUGGACCUGAUGGGGAACCUGGAGUCCCAGGGAUGCCUGGAGAGCCCGGCCCACCAGGGCAACCGUCGAUGCCUGGAAGUCAGUUUGCUUCUCAGAUGGCAGCUGGGUUUCAUGAAAAGAUGGGUUUAGCUGGCAUGGUCACAGGAACACGGGGAGAAGCUGGGCCUAGGGGACAUCCAGGACCUGCAGGUCCACCGGGACCUUCAGGCGCUCAAGGGGCCCCAGGGGACGUGGGAGAUCCUGGACCAAUGGGUUCCUAUGGCGCAAGAGGACCAGACGGUCCACCAGGAAAAAAUGGCCCGGAUGGAGAACCUGGACCACCUGGAAAUAUGGGAGAAAAGGGCUUUCCCGGUUCUCCGGGACCAAGGGGUUUUCCAGGAUUGCCAGGCCAGCCGGGAUUAAGAGGCCUCAAGGGACAUUCAGGCCUGUCAGGCCGAAGGGGUGAGCCAGGUGCUCCUGGAUCAAAGGGUGAAACUGGCCUCCCUGGUGUGAUGGGAUCCAUUGGUCCACCAGGUUCCAUAGGAAUGACAGGAGAGAGGGGUCGAAUUGGACCGACUGGACCUGUGGGGAGACGUGGUUUGUCAGGAAAUGUUGGAAAACCAGGACCAAUGGGACCAAUGGGGAUAUCUGGAGCGCCAGGUUUUCCGGGAGCCCCAGGCAUGAAGGGUCAGCCAGGAGCCACAGGGGUCAGAGGUCCCAGCGGGCCUCAGGGCCCAAGAGGUGACACUGGACGUCUAGGCCCGCCUGGAUCAAGAGGCACCCCGGGUCCACCAGGGACAGACGGUGCACCUGGAGAGAAAGGUCCAUCAGGAAUCCCAGGUAUUCAAGGUCCAGUCGGUCUCCUUGGACAGCCCGGUCCACCUGGGGCUCAGGGUUCCACCGGACUGCCUGGAGUUAAGGGUCAAUUGGGUGAUUUAGGGUCACCUGGAUUUAAAGGAGAACCUGGACUCAAAGGAGAACCUGGUCCACCUGGUGCUCAAGGUGAGAUUGGUCCAAUGGGAGAAGAGGGGAAGAGAGGACCACGAGGUGACCCUGGCUCUCUGGGAUCACCUGGCCCCCCAGGAGAGAGAGGAGCUCCUGGUAACAGAGGUUUCCCUGGUGCUGAUGGGCUACCCGGGCCAAAGGGAGCACAAGGUGAACGUGGUACCUCUGGCUCUUCAGGGGCAAAGGGCGGUCCUGGAGAUCCCGGUCGACCAGGCGAACCUGGCCUCCCCGGAGCGAGGGGACUGACAGGACUUCUUGGUAUCCAGGGUGCUGAGGGAAAAAUUGGACCACAGGGAUCUUCUGGAGAUGAUGGUAGUCCAGGCCCAGCUGGCUCAACAGGGGGUAGGGGUGUGCCCGGAUCAAUGGGUCUGCCUGGACCAAAAGGCUUCAGUGGUGAUCCUGGGAAGACAGGAGAACAAGGAUCCCCUGGAGCUCCAGGGACACGAGGACCCAAUGGGAAAGAUGGAGAGGAGGGGCCUGCAGGGACUCCUGGACCUCCAGGAGUUGCUGGAAAGAGAGGAGAGCAAGGGCCUCCUGGUCUGACUGGAUUCCAGGGUUUGCCUGGACCCCCAGGUCCACCUGGAGAGCCAGGAAAACCAGGCGAUGAGGGUAUCAAUGGUGAAGCUGGUGCUGUUGGCCAGGCUGGUCCUAGGGGUGAGCGUGGAACUCCGGGUGAAAGAGGGGAACUGGGACCUGUUGGACUUCAAGGCCCCAAGGGAAGCCCAGGAACUCCUGGUCCCGAUGGGCCCAAGGGCAAACCUGGCCCGACUGGAAUAGUUGGUGACCCAGGUCCCCCAGGUCUACAGGGAAUGCCAGGAGAGAGAGGAAUACCCGGUCCUGCUGGUCCAAAAGGAGAAAGUGGUUCAAUCGGUGAGAAAGGAGCAGAGGGAACCGCUGGCAAUGAUGGAGCAAGAGGUCUUCCUGGUCCUGUUGGACCUCCAGGACCUGCUGGACCUAGUGGUGAGAAGGGAGAGUCUGGCCCCCGAGGGCCCCCUGGCCCUCCAGGAUCCAGAGCGAUGGCUGGUUCUCCUGGUGAGCCUGGUCCAACUGGUUCUGUAGGGUUUGCAGGACCACCGGGUCCUGAUGGUCAACCCGGUGUCCAAGGUGAGACAGGAGAGCCUGGACCGAAAGGAGAAGCAGGGUCUCCAGGCCCCCAGGGAAUGGCUGGAAAACCUGGCCCUCAGGGUGUUGGUGGUGUUACAGGACUGAAGGGAGGCAGAGGAACCCAAGGAGCUGCUGGCCCCAGUGGUUUCCCAGGAUCUCCAGGAGGAGUUGGCCCACCAGGCUCAGCUGGUCCAGUUGGGGAACAGGGAGCAAUUGGCCUCCCAGGAAAGGAAGGUCCACCUGGGCUUAGAGGUGAAAAUGGAGCUCCUGGUCGUCCUGGAGAGCGUGGACCUCCUGGGCCCGCCGGUAACCCUGGUGACAAAGGAGACCCCGGUGAAGAUGGACCACCGGGUCCAGACGGACCGCCUGGACCUGCAGGAACACCAGGACAGAGGGGUUUGGUGGGACUUCCAGGAAUGAGGGGAGAACGUGGAAUGAUGGGUCUCCCAGGGCCGGCUGGCGCACCAGGAAAGGCAGGCACUACAGGAACUCAAGGAGCUAAAGGUCCACCGGGCCCAGUUGGUUUGCCAGGAGCAUCUGGACCUCGAGGUGAAGCUGGACCAGAGGGUCUGCCUGGAGCUGAUGGAAUUUCGGGACAGGAUGGGAUCAUUGGAGCCAGAGGUGACAGGGGAGACCCAGGCCCUGAAGGUCUUGCUGGUACUCAAGGAGCUCCAGGCCCCCCAGGACCAGUGGGAACUCCAGGAGGUCCAGGAGAGAGAGGUGAACAGGGUUCAAGAGGCCCUCCCGGACCAGCUGGACCAGCAGGAAUCCGAGGGAAAAAAGGACCUCAAGGACCAUUAGGAGACAAAGGAGAAAGAGGAGAUAGUGGGGAGAGGGGCCAGAAAGGUCAUAGAGGUUUUACUGGACUUCAUGGCUUGCCAGGAUCAUCUGGUGCCACGGGAGAUGAUGGACGGCCGGGCAUUGUUGGACCAAGCGGUCAAAGAGGACCCCCUGGUCCUGUUGGACCCCCAGGAAAGGAGGGUGAAACAGGGCAACCUGGAGCCAUGGGACCUCCUGGACCAAGAGGAACUCCUGGUGACACUGGACCAGAGGGGCCACCUGGAGAACCUGGACCUCCUGGGCCUCCCGGCUCACCUGGCCCGCCCACAGCUGCCGUGGAUGACAUCAUGGGCGCUGCGUUAGACUAUGACGAUGAAGGAGCUCCAGAAUACGAACUGGAACUCCCAGCCCCUCUUCUGCCUGAAUUCAACAAGGAUGAGGCGAGACCCAACAACAACUCAGAGGUGUUGCGUGCGGGAAGCAGUAUCCAUGCCUCUCUGAAGGCGCUCGGUAGCCAACUGGACAGCAUGCGAAGCCCCGAUGGCAGCCGCGAGCAUCCGGCCAGGACCUGCGAUGACUUGAAACAGUGCUACCCGCUGAAGAAGAGCGGUGAGUACUGGGUCGAUCCAAAUGAGGGUAGUCCAAAGGAUGCCAUUAAAGUGUACUGUAACAUGGAGACCGGUGAGACCUGUAUACCCGCCAAUCCCUCUAGCAUCCCGCGCAAGACAUGGUGGAUCUCUCACUCCAGCCUGCCUAAACCCAUAUGGUUCGGAGCCACUAUGAACAGAGGCACAAAGUUCACUUACGGAAUCGGUGAAGAGUCUCGGAACGCUGUGGCGACCCAGAUGACCUUCAUCCGGCUACUGUCCAAAGAGGGUGCGCAGACCAUUACGUACCACUGUAAGAACAGCGUGGCCUACAAGGACGAGAAAAACGCAAAUCUGAAGAAGGCCGCUGUCCUCAAGGCCGCUGACGGCGCCGAGCUUCGCGCCCACGGAAACAAACAGCUGAAGUACUCCGUAAAAGAGGACAGCUGCUCUAAAUCUAACGGCGAGUGGGGUAAGACAGUGUUUGAGUACCGGACACAGAAACCAUCCAGACUUCCGAUCGUGGACAUGGCUCCAAUAGAUGUGGGUGGUAUGGAUCAGGAGUUUGGCUUCGACAUUGGUCCCGUGUGCUUCUCAUAA